ACCCAAAAUGGCUGACUAGAAGGAAAACAGUAUUUGUGGAACUUCUUACUAAGGAAGCUGAGUGAAAGUGAACACAACCCUUCGUGGACAUGGAGGAGCAUGCCCGAACAGGCCCUGAGACAGGGGAGGGAUCCACAGGGUCAGGAAGAGACCCAUUUUCAAACCAGUCUGGAACAACUCGGGAUGUAGCCCAAUGGGCAGCGACACGACAAGAAGGGGUACCUCAGCGCUUGGAAACUCCAUGGCAAGAGUACUUGAAAACAGUCCAGUAUCCCUCGUCAGGAUGGGCAACGUCACAGCUUCCAGACCUGGCUUCCUGGGAUGACGUGGCUGCGUUUGACCGUGUGGUAAACGCCUGCCAAUGGCCUAGAGAAGGGAUGAGCCGCCUGAUGCCUGCUCUCAGUGCUGAUGCUCAGCAGGCCUUAAGUAACCUGAAUGCCAGAGACAAAGGAGACCAUGGGAAGGCAAAACCCACCACCCUGCGAGGAAACCCCAGCAGUGCCGAGGUGCAGCGCCAGCGUUUCCGCCAGUUCCGGUACCAGGAAGCAGAGGGGCCUCGCGAGGUUUGCAGCCGGUUACGGGAGCUCUGCCACUCCUGGCUGGAGCCGGAGAGCCGCACCAAGGAGCAGAUCCUGGAGCUGCUGAUCCUAGAGCAGUUUCUGACAGUCCUGCCAAAGGACAUCCAGAGCCGAGUUCGAGAACGCGGCCCUGAGACUUGUGCCCAAGCAGUAGCCUUGGCAGAAGGGUUCCUUCUGAGGCGGCAAGAGAGUUUGCAAAAUGAACCACAGACGACAGCCCUGAAUCUCUCUGAAGGCCAGCGGACUGUGUCAGAUGCCCGACAGAGGCAGCUCAACAAGGAGGCCAGACAGCCGGGGAACAGGAGGCCCCGAGUGCUGGGUGUCAAGACAGCAAACCGAACGGGUGGGCAGGUGCAGAAUCAGGGUGCCAGGGAAGAAGGGGCCCGUUCUGACUCUGGGAGGCCUCCCCGGAAGAACAAACCCCACGUCUGCAUCGACUGCGGGAAAUGUUUUGCACGCCCAUCAGAGCUGGCGAAGCACGAGAACACCCACACGGGAGCGAAGCCCUUUCGCUGCUCAGAGUGCGGGACCAGAUUUAGCCAGCUGUCCCACCUGACGAGACAUCACAGAAUCCACACAGGGGAGAAGCCACACUCAUGCUCCGAGUGCGGGGCAGCUUUCUCCCAGCGGUCCUCUCUCAUCAGCCACCAGAGAGUCCACUCUGGCGAGCAGCCCUAUCGCUGCACGCACUGCCAGCAGUGUUUCAGCCAUCAUUCGGCCCUUAAGAUUCACGAGCAUAUCCACACCGGUCAGAAACCCUAUAUUUGCCUGGAGUGCGGGAAACGGUUUGUCUCCUCAUCCACGCUUAAAAUCCACAAGAGGAUCCACACGGGAGAGAAGCCGUUUUCUUGCGCCGAGUGCGGGAAACGCUUCAUCCAGCGUUCCAAUCUUAUAUCGCACCAGCGGACGCACUCCGGAGAGAAGCCCUUUUGCUGCGGCGUGUGUGGGAAGAGGUUCAGCUAUCCAUCGGAUCUCACCAGGCACCAGAAAAUUCACACGGGAGAAAAGCCGUUUCCUUGCGACGAAUGCGAGAGAAGGUUUACCCGGUUCUCUGAUCUUGUCAUACACCGGAGAAUCCACACCGGGGAGCGGCCCUAUCGCUGUCUCGAGUGCGGGAGGCGAUUCCGGCAAAAGAGCGCCUUGGUGACGCACCAGAGGAUCCACACCAAAGAGAAGACGGCAGAAAAAACCAAGCCUGUCGCAUCCGCGGAAUCACAGGCGAAUAGUGAACAAAAUAGUGAACAAAAAGCCAGUGAAGCAGGGGAGAAGGCGGACAUUUCGGAUGAAAAGGAGAAAGAUGGAUCAAGCACCUAGAAAGAACCAGCCUUGCCCCAUCUCCCAGCACCUGACCAAUCCCUCCCUCACCAGCAAGGAAAUCUUGGGUGGGGGGUGAAGCGGUUUUAUCUUGUCUUCUUGAUAGCUUCCAUUCUUUCUCUGACUGCUCCCCCUCUGAACAUAACUGGACCUUCAUUAGAGGACUUGAUUUGUCUCAACUCAGGACUUAUUGCAACGUUGACCCCUCUGCCUCGUACUU